AAUCUCACCACCCAGCCAUGAGGUAUUUUACUGCUGCCUCGAGAUCAAAUUAUUACUGUAGAGAAGAUCUUUAUUUUUGUGUGUGUUUCAUUAAAAGAUUAUUAUAAAACAAUAAGCAUGCAGGAAGAAAAGCUGACUCUUUACAUUGGGAAUUCAUGAAUGCAUGUCUACUUGGAGUGUUUUUCUUGGCGGGGUUUGGGGAAAGAAAGGAGUUGUCUUUUUAAAUAGUAUUACCACCCCCACAAACUAAACUCUUCGGAAAUGGUGAAAAAAGGAAAUGCAUGAUCCUUCAGGCAUCCCUAAACUCCCAGGUGUCAGGCUAUGUGAUGUUGGUGAUCUCAUCGGACCUUUUGGACGGGUGACUUAUUAAGAGCUCCACUGCUGGAGAGCGUUGCAAGACUGAGAAAUAUCCGACUGCGAAUCUCGGGCAACGGUAUCCCUUGCAGCACAGAAGCAAUCUCUCCCCAUCUUCGCAUGUUCUGAUGGCAAACCAAAUGGAAGAAAAGAGGAAGCAUGACUGCAGAUCAAAUCAGUUCUGUUUGUGGAUUACAUUUUCAGUAAAAUGUAUGGAUAUAUGCAUUCCUUGUUCUUAUAUCUAGAUCAUGAGACUUGACUGAGGCUGUAUCCUUAUCCUCCAUCCAUCUAUGGCGAACUAUAGCCAUGCAGCUGACAACAUUUUGCAAAAUCUGUCUCCUCUAACAGCCUUUCUGAAACUGACUUCCUUGGGUUUCAUAAUAGGAGUCAGUGUGGUGGGCAACCUUCUGAUCUCCAUUUUGCUAGUGAAAGAUAAGACCUUGCAUAGAGCACCUUACUACUUCCUGUUGGAUCUUUGCUGCUCAGAUAUCCUCAGAUCUGCAAUUUGCUUCCCAUUUGUAUUCAACUCUGUCAAAAAUGGCUCUAACUGGACUUAUGGGACUCUGACUUGCAAAGUGAUUGCCUUUCUGGGGGUUUUGUCCUGUUUCCACACUGCUUUCAUGCUCUUCUGCAUCAGCGUCACCAGAUACCUAGCUAUCGCCCACCACCGCUUCUAUACAAAGAGGCUGACCUUUUGGACGUGUUUGGCUGUGAUCUGCAUGGUGUGGACUCUCUCUGUGGCCAUGGCAUUCCCCCCAGUUUUAGAUGUGGGCACAUACUCUUUCAUUAGGGAGGAAGAUCAAUGCACCUUCCAACACCGCUCCUUCAGGGCUAAUGAUUCCUUAGGAUUUAUGCUGCUGCUUGCUCUCAUCCUCCUAGCUACACAGCUUGUCUACCUCAAGCUGAUAUUUUUUGUCCACAACAGAAGGAAAAUGAAGCCAGUCCAGUUUGUAGCAGCAGUCAGCCAGAACUGGACUUUCCAUGGCCCGGGAGCCAGUGGCCAGGCAGCUGCCAACUGGCUAGCAGGAUUUGGAAGGGGUCCCACACCACCCACCUUGCUGGGCAUCAGGCAAAAUGCAAACACUACGGGCAGAAGAAGGCUUUUGGUCUUAGACGAAUUCAAAAUGGAAAAGAGAAUCAGCAGAAUGUUCUAUAUAAUGACUUUUCUCUUCCUGACCUUGUGGGGCCCCUACCUGGUGGCCUGUUAUUGGAGAGUUUUUGCAAGAGGGCCUGUAGUACCAGGGGGAUUUCUAACAGCCGCUGUCUGGAUGAGUUUUGCCCAAGCAGGAAUCAAUCCUUUUGUCUGCAUUUUCUCCAACAGGGAGCUGAGGCGCUGUUUCAGUACAACCCUUCUUUACUGCAGAAAAUCCAGGUUACCAAGGGAACCUUACUGUGUUAUAUGAGGGAGCAUCUGUACAUCUUUAGCCUUGUGAAACACUAACCUUCUCUACUAAGCAAUUGUGGCCUGUAGCCAUAUCUUGAGAAGAAAAUCAAGAAUGGGAUCAGCAGCAGUUACAAGGAUUUGAGCAACAUCCUGCAAUCUAUAAUCUUAUUUUAAAUCUCAAAGUGAUCCUGCUGACUGCUGGUGAAGGUUUGUAAUUAAGAAAGGACUGAACCACUGCCCUAAGUUUCUUUAUGUGGUUGAAAACUUGAUAGUGCAAAGUAGCAGGUGCUGAGUAUCAGUGCUAAAUGCUGAGUCUAUCACUACAUAUGAUCAAAACAUCAAAACCAAUUAGGAUUGGACAGCUUAAUAAAUUAAGUUGACAUGAGGUAAAUGUGUUGAUAAAAAACCUAAUUUUAGAAGUUUGAAGACUAAAACAUUUCAUACUAUUAUUGUUUUGCAAAGACUAAAAUAUUGGGGGACUUUGAAGUACUGUAAUCCACUAAAGAGCUGCCAUGAACUAUUGGAUUAUCACACUUACAAAAAAACAUCUUGUCAAUUUUGGGAAGCAUUCCAAAGCAGUAUAUUGGUUCCAAUUUGAGUUUACUUUUUUUUGUUUUUGUUUUUGUACUACUCUAUUACUAUUUUAAAUACCACUUUCUUUACCGACUAGUGAAAUUGCUAGCAUUGAACUGUAUUAUGUGGUUUUUGUUGAGUUGGUAUAAAGUUUUUCCAAUACAUUUCUAUUUUAUGAAUGCUAGAUAUUGGUCUGGGAGGCAACAUUAAUGGUACCAACUGGUCACAAUUGAGCAGUCCUAAUAAUGCAGAAUAAACACAUGUUGCCUUAAAGGGUUAUCUAGUAUCUUUCAUCUUAUUUAGCACUGGAGCAAAUAGUCAAGAGAAAUUGAGUCAGUAAUUGGUCAUGGUCAAGCAUCUGGAAGUGCAUGGAAGAUUAUUUAAUACUCGUUUUCCUUUUUUUUUUUUUUUUCACACAGUUUGAAAAAUUAAGGUGCACAUCACUGGGAUUAUAAGAUUUUCUUUCAAGGUGUGCUACCCAUUCUAGUGUGUUCUAAGAAGCAGACAGAUGAUAAUGUUUAUAGUUAAGUCAGCUAUCAGAGGGAGACCACAGCCUUAGUAUGACAUCCUGCACAAUUUAUGAAGCAUUCAUUCUACUGAAGGCACAGUCUUGUUUAUACUUUCUGCACAUUAAGUGUAUUGGUCGUUUAAAUUAUUUCAGUUUUAACUUGUGAAAGCUUAUAACAUUAUUUCUGGUAUUUUAGAAAUACAUUAGAGUCUGUGAGUCUCAUUCUUUAAGAUACAGAUGUGUGAAUUUCAAUAUAAAGUUGCAUUUGCCAAAAUUUACCCGUGUAGCCUGUUACUUUUCUUGGAAUAAAAUUUUACAUUUUUGGCAUUUAGCUUUUUUUUGGACUCGGAAACAAACACAAACUAGGAAGACUAGCUUUAUUAUUUAUUUUUGUGGUCUCUUGAUUUUUGAUUUUUGUAGCUGUGUGUUCUAGAACUAGAAUUGUAUGGAUGCUAGAGAGCCUUUUGAUAAACUGAUCAAUUAUAUUAUUUCCAAAAGCAUUAUUUGGUAACUUUAUCAUAAUUACCCUCUAUUCUUAUAUACUAGUUAUAUUUAGAGAGAUAUAUGCCUACUUAGCUGAUUGAUUCAGAACUUCAAUAUAAAUACCACAUUUCAAUUUUGGGAAUAGCAAAAAUUUUAGAUUCUAAAUAUAUAAUUUUAAGAAGAUGGUUUCAAUUAACAUUAUGACAAUCCAGAAAAAAAAGUAGCUAUGGCUUUUGUUUUAUGUUGGUUUUUGUUGUUGUUUCAUUUGGUUUUUAUACUUGAAAAAUAAGAUGAGGAAUGUAAUGGAACAGAACUCUUUAUUGCUAUAGUACUUUGUUAAAGAGAAAACCAAUAUAAAUAUAAAUAAGGGAAAAUAAGUCACUAAAAUAUUUUAAUGAUAUAUGCAACUAUUCAGUUUUGCUCCUGUAAGGAUAGCACAAGCCAUGAUUUUAGUGAGUCCUCUGUUUGACCUCAUAUUUACUUUAUACCAAAGUUGAUUGGAUGUAAGACAAAAAUUAAUGCACAACAGUGUGUUGAAUCUAGAAUAUGCGUCCCUUUAUUAUCUGAACUAUAAUAAAGAAAAUGCUAUCAAAAGAUGUUUUGAUAACAUUAUGGCUCUAACUAAAGUUAAUACAAUAGAGACAUAAUUGCAAUUACUAUACUUAUGGAGGACCUCAUUUAAAAGUUUAAAUAUCAUCAGCAAGCAGUAGAAAAAUUAGCAAUAAUCUCAAGGCCUGAGAGACCAGGUUC